AUGAAGCACGAUCCCGCAAAAGCUGCGCAGUAUAUCUCGCAGCUCGAUGCUGCGCGGUGCAAUGGCAAUUGGGAGGCGGUGCCUGAGCUCGUCCGCAAGAUCAAGAAGCAUGCCCCCGAGAGAGCUUGUCUCGUUUUGACUGCUGAGACGGAGGUCGCGAUCGAGAAAGCAACCAGGAACUUACCCGUCGCCGAGAAAUCAUCCCCUGCAAUAACCGCCAAGGACCUCGACGCUUCCAGUCUGCUGCCGAAACUGCUCUCUGCCGUCGAUGGCGAAACGGACCACCUUGAGGACAGGUUCCAAGCCCAGGUCUGUGUCGGGUGGCUGCACUGGGUGGUGGGCGAAUACAGUCUUGCGGCCGUGCGCCUACCGAAAGGCUUCGAGCAGGACAACACUCUCACAGAGAACCCCGAAAAGGUGUCAGAAUGGACCAGGGUGUGUGCCAUGAAGUCGGCCUAUCUCAGAGCCAACUGCCUAGCGCGCAAUGGCCAGAGACAAGAAGCCCUGGCAGUCUUCGAAGAGGGUCUUCCGGCUCUUUCAAGCACAUGGGGUGGACCCCAAGCCAAAACGCAGCCGCGCUACUGGUCAGAACUGUUUCUGACCGAGUUCUGUAUGCUUUCCAGCAGGACGGUAGAGCUCGAGGAAACUAGCUUGGAGGAUGCGAACUGUUUGGCGGGCUACAGGUCGUGGGCAAAGUACUGGGAGGCUUCGAAGGGUGCUUCACUUCCUGGCGGUUACGGAUUCCGAGGCUCUGUGGCUCGUCGACGGAUUUGGUUCGAAUAUUAUUCAGCUCUCUCGACGAUCUUACAGAGUGAUUUGCCCUUUCCGACUGGCCAUGUCCCCAAGAUCUCCAACGACUCGUCUGCGCGCAAUCAGCUUCGCAUUGAGCUAAAGAAGGUUGAAGCGGCGUAUGAGGCAUUGCUUCUCAAGGAGACGGAAUUUCCAAGAGCUGACGAAGAGAGAGAGGAAGUUGAGAUCUUCACUAAUUUGGUUGUCAAAAACUGGACAAUACUCAGCGGUCGAGGCUGGAUAGACCAGGACCUUGGUCAGGGGGGGAAGGAGACCCUGAGCCGGGGUGUCCUCGACAUACUCUAUCGAGCGUCCAUGAAGACAUACCACUCGACCUCCAUCCUUCGCCACCUCUUCAUCGUCCAUCUCUCCGUAGCCGAGUUUGAUCUAGCUUUCAAGGCGUUCGACUCGUAUCUCAGCUUGGUCAAGAAGGGCAAAGCUCGCGUCGCCAAGACUGGCCACCAGGAACCAAGUCUGGACGACGACGCAACAUUGAUAGAGACUAUCUCGACCUGCAUCAAUGCUUUAUGCCGCUAUGGAGACAGGCAGGCGGCUGAGAAGGCAAGAGAACUGAGCAUCGAACUGGAACAGACCCUGCACAAACUGAGCGCGAAGCCUGGUUCUCAUUCUCCGGCGAUGGACGAAGGGAGCAUACCGCUGACCAACUCGGGGCAGUCGUUCCCUCCCCGAGUGGAAGCCCUCGCUUGGCAGGCUCUCGGGCUGGCCCAUGCACAAUGGGCCCGCGUGACAUACGAGUCGUCUACGCGAGUAGACAUCCGAUCCAAGGCGAUCAGCUGCCUGCGAAAAUCCCUAUCUCCCGAGUAUGGUCUUGUGGCCGAUCUGAGAAGCAUGUUCGCUCUGGCAGUGCUUCUUGCGGAGCAGCGGGAGCUUACCACUGCCAUCGAGCUUGUCAAAACCACACUUCUCGCGAACAAAUCGCCUACGGAGGGCCUAGAGAUCUACCAUGGGCGAUAUUGGAAGGAGCGGGCUCUGAUUCCGCUCUGGCAUCUAUUAUCCCUUCUUCUCAGCGCGAGACAGGACUACAUCAUGGCAGCUCGGGCAUGUGAAGGAGCACUUGAGCAAUUCAAAGACCCCACCAUAUUGUUCGGGACCGAACAGCUAUACAGGAGUGACCAUCUCAACGAGGCGGAAGAGAUGAACGGCAAGGUGCACGAGGGGAGCAGAGGUGUAGUUGAUGAUAUGGACGACUACGAAAAGGAAGGCAUCUUGGAGGUCAAGAUGACUCAACUGGCCCUGCUUGAGGUCAUGGAGGGACCUACCACUGCUGUAAAUGCCAGUCUCGAGCUGUUAAGUCUUUUCAACCGACUCUUUGGAGAUCUCCAACCUAGAGCAGCAUUGGCCGCUCCCAAGACAACCGAGGUUCCAAAAAGCUCGGCCGGCACCUUGCGGAGUAUCAAGGGAAGUAUUUUCGGGAGAAGCUCAGAGAAGUCGGGGCGGCCAGGGACCCGACGCACAAGCAUCAUGAGCAACAACGAAAAGCCAGGACAAGGGGUCUCGCGGCCGACGACGAUGCAAACAGUCGCAAGCACGCAGGCACCGACCAUCCAAAUCACGAGAGAAAACGGGACCAGGGACGAGCCCGCGCGCGCGCGAACGUCUGCAGGCACGAAUGACCGCAGAAGCCAGUCUCAUAAGAGAAGCAGUCUUCGCAAACGGGAUAGCAGCGGACAUCGGCGGCGCGCGUCGAGCAUCGGAGCUGUACCACAUCAGCCGACGGUGGUCGACGGAGAGAACUAUUUUACUCCUGUGGGCGAUAGUUACCAAGGUCUGGACUUUUUCCAAUUCGCCAACCGCCGCCAGGCCUCGUCGGGCGGGCCGCCUGUCUCUAUGAAGAGGCAUCUCUCACACAUGGAUUCGUACACGUCAUCGAGAUCACGGACCUCGGACGGAGGGGAGGUCUCUGUGGAAAGUGUAGAGUCUACCUCAAAUCUCCUUCCACUUGUUCAAUUCUCCAAGGAACACCACCGGAGGAGAAGGGGAGCAAUCCUCGUCAAGGUCUGGCUUAUGAUUGCUCGCUUCUACCGCAAGGCCGAGAUGCACGAUGACGCCACCAAGGCCGUGAUAGAAGCUCAGAAGCUGGUUCAGACUCUAGAAACCGAGAUCACCAAGGAAUCGCCCGACUCGGCGGCGCUCAGGCGCAUUGGGUGGGGCGGGAAGAAAUGUGUCGAUGAGCUUUGGGGAGACGUACUGGCCGAGAUGGGUCAACUCUCUCUGGCAAGAGACGCUGUCUUCGUGGCUCGCGGCGAGUUCGAAACAGCGCUGACGCACUUCCCCGAUCAUCCCAAGGCCAUCGUUGGCUUGUCUAACGUUCUGUUAGACAUCUACUGCGAGAACGUGCUCCCACCACCCGUGAUUCCUCCGAUGAAGCUCGCCGAUGGCUCGGCUCCGACGAUGCACACUUCGGAAAGCCUCAUACCAAACCCCGAAGUUGUGCGUCGGCCAAAGAAGGCUGUUCAGUCACCCUUCCCUACCGCCCCUCUUGGCCUCAACAAGACACAGUCGGGAGAUUCAAAGGAGGGCAAUAAGGACGCACUGUUCAACGACGAGGACGGUGAGUGGACGACGGGCAAGCCAAAGUCAACGUCGGAGCUACCUCCGCCUUACAAAGCGACGUCGUUCCCCGCCAUGGAUAGGCUGGCGGCACGGGAUCGCGCCCAUGCCCUGCUCUCGGGCCUGACGAAGCUGGGCACGGGCUGGAACUACUCGGAAGCAUGGUUCGCGCUUGCGAGAGCUUACGAGGAGAGCGACCAGCUGGACAAGGCCAAGGAGGUGCUUUGGUGGUGUGUAGAGCUUGAAGAGGGCAUGGCAGUGAGAGAAUGGGAGUGUGUUGGCACGAGCGGCUACGUGCUUUGA